AAGCGGUAAAAAUGAAGACUGAAGUAUCAUUCGUGAGUGUUCUAAAUUUGAUAAAUUGAAUUUCGAACAAUGUCUUCCGUUGUGUCACUUGAUGGACGGGAUAGGCCGAAUUUCUUGAAACGGUUGACAGCUAGUUGUAUCAGAGCAUCAUGUUCCCAGCUCGGCUUAGUUGUAUUAGUGGUGAUGUAUGUGCUUCUUGGUGCAGCACUUUUUGAAUAUUUGGAGUCAGGACCGGAGGUGCAGAAACGGUCAGCAAUUCAACGGUCGAGGGAGGAAUGUUUGAAAGAGCUUUGGGCGAUCACAGAACGGUUGAACGUGCUAUAUGAACGUAAUUGGACAAGACUGGUCCAUGAACAAUUACGCAAAUUCGAAUCGUCAAUAGUUGCUGCGGCGAGGCAAUCUGACUCCCAACCCGCUGAGCUAGCACUGGACACCAAAUGGACAUACUCCGGAUCCCUGAUAUAUUGUAUCACGCUCAUCACUACAAUCGGAUAUGGCAACGUUUCUCCUCGAACAUCUGCUGGCAGAGCAGCUACAGUAGCGUAUGCGGCGGCUGGCGUGCCAUUAACACUGGCUUGCUUGGCAGGCCUCGGAGCAUCUUUGGCAAGACUGGCAAGACUAGCGUGGCUACGAGCUACUAAAAAUAAAGUGCCUAAUACUUGGAGAAAAGAUGGUGAGCUCGAGAAUCAUUUUCAAUUACACGAGCAACAACGUCUUCUUCCGCAACCAGCAGAACAUAAUCAGUACACUUCGUUUCCUCCACGAAUGCAUAAAUCACCUGGAAUUGUGAAAACAAGAGCUGGUGAUAGGGGACAGUAUUCACAAGUAUUUGAAAAAGCACCGAUGAGUCCUAGAGCUGCGACCUUGGGACGGGUGAAGCGUAAUGCUUUAUCUGAUGAACCACAAACGUCGUCAGCACUCCAAACACAGACACUCGACCGUAAGAGAUCAGCAAACAAUAUUAAGUGUCUCGCGACAGUACAUGGUCCUUCACGAGGCAGAGGGAGAGGUACGAUACAGCGACCUCGAGGAGCGGCGAUAGAACAGCUGAUAGCCGAAGAAUGUGGGGAAAUAUUCGUGAACCGGAGUCAGGAAGAUUUAGAUGAUUCGGAAGAUCCCGAUGAAGGGAUAUGCCCACACGAUACACCGUCAAGAGUGCCUUUGAUAUGGAGUGAAGAAAACCACAAGAUGAAGAGUUGUGCUGUGCCUAGCAGCAGUGCUUCCACCAGCGUACAGCACCAGAAUCAUAGUCUAGAACAUUGUCACGUACCAGUUGGAAUUGUACUUUUCCUUCUCUUAGGGUAUAUAGCGGUUGGAGCUGCCAUUUUCUCAGUAUGGGAAAAUUGGAGUUUUCUUGAUGCUGCCUAUUUCUGCUUCAUAGCAUUAGCUACAAUUGGUUUUGGAGACUUUGUCCCAACCAGCUUCUUGACCUUAAAGCAAAGUACCGAAAAUUCUAAGAGUGAAUACAUUCAAAUGAUCGCGUGUUGUGCAUAUCUUGUAUUUGGACUCAUAUUGAUAGCAAUGGCAUUUAGUCUUCUACAGGACGAAGUAGUCGCUCGAUGUACGCAACUAGCCAAUAGUUUAGGUCUCACCCGACAAUGACAAUAUGAGAAGAGCGAUUCCAGCUCAACAGAUAAUCAAUUGAGGAUGUUAUGAUCGUUGUUGUAAGGAGUUACUACAUGAUCCACCUUUUUUCCAGGAUCUGUUCUGUACUUCUUAUUAUUAGACGUUGUAUCUCAUGUUAACACUGUAUAGAUAAAUAUCA